AUGGAGGCUCUGAGCAGUGUCGUGUUCGAGCGUCUCCCGUCGUCGUCCACGGCGGCUUCUAGCUCGCCGAAUGCGUCCCGUUUAGUGAACUCUGACGCUGAGCUGGAGGAUAUCGUUUCGGACGCGAAAUCUGCUCUGGUCGAAGAACAGAAGGGCGUCGAUGCGAGCAAGUCUUCGACAGAGAUGCUGUGGCAAAGGUUGUCUGGGCCGCCGCACUCUCCUACUACGGGUCACCCUACCGAGCCUCGAGCUGCCAUUGAGGCGCGUGCGCGUCCCGCUUGGGAGCGCAUCGUCGGCCUCAUAGACGUCAUCCUGGACCUUUUCUCUACCCAUCUGGCUACGCAUCAUACAUUCUUCACCGCAUUCCUCUCGUUCUCUCCUUGGUCGCUCCGGCCCCAGCGCAAACGAGUCGAAGAUGAUAUGGUGGUUGAGCCCGAUACGCAGAUGUACCGAGGCAAGAGUCUGGAUGAGAUCCUCUCCUUCGCCGAGAAUCCAAGUGGGGAAGUCCGUCCGCCUCCAACGGCCAACAGAGGCACCAAUUCACGCGUUUUGGCUCAAGUAUUGGGGUUCAAAUUUGCACACUACCAGCUCCAAGAAGUCAGCGAACCGGUGCCGCGCAACUUGUACUUGAUGGCUGCCAUCCUCAUUCGAGAAGACUUUAUUUCUUUGGAAGACUUGCUGCUUCACGUAUGUAUAAUCUCAACAGACUUUGACUAUCCACAAACAGUACCUUGCGAAAGUGACGAGCGGAUCUCGAACGCGAAAACUAGCCAGCUUGCAAUGGCAGCUCCUCUCGAGUCUUCGGGGACAGCGUCCAAAGCUAAGGCCACUCCACCUCCAGAAGCGAAGGAAGCGAAGGAGCCACCUAACCAGAGGCUCGGAUUAUUGAAUGCGCUGCUUGCUGUCGGCGCCCUCAGGCCUGCCAUUGCCCUGCUCUCGAAAUGGUCUUGGAUGGUCGAUGCAUUCCCGGAGAUCGCGGAUCUCAUCAUCCGUGUGCUCCACCACUCCAUUACUCCCCUGUACGAGUCCAAUGGCAACGUAAAACGGACUAUGAGCUUCACCAAGCCGCGCGCUCGGUAUGGGUCUGCAGGCAUCAUUCCGCCCAUCGAGCGGCGACCGCACCUUACCCUCUGGGCACCUACACCCCCCAGCACAAACCAUAUCGACUUCGUGUUCUUUUUCCCCGAUUGGAUUCAACACGUCCCAGUGUGUCACACAUUCGACGACUUGAUGGACGUGAUCGACCCGUUGAUGAAGUUCAUUGGGCUGCACGUCUCAAGAGAUCCAGCCUACUUGACGAAAUUCCUUCGACUCGGUCGCGUACAUAUGAUGACGACGGUUGCCGUCGACCCGGAAACGAAGAAGCCUCUGGGUGCGCCCGAUCCAGACCACCCCGUUCGGCAGUUCUGGUUCAAGGUCCUGAGGUUGUAUCUGCUGCCAGCUCUCCCUCUCAUCCGUGGGAAUGCGGUCUGCACCGUCGAGGUUUGGAAUAUUUUGCGGCAAUACGAGACCACCCUCCGUUGGCAGCUGUAUGGCGAGUGGAAGUCGAGCACCUACAAGUCGCACCCCGAGCUCCGCGUGCGGCAGGUUCAAUCCGACCGCGAGUCCAAAGGCAUCCUCCGUCGUCUUUCGCACAACACGAUCGAUUCGUUGUCUGGGACCGUGGCGAAACUUGCGCAUUCGAACCCUUGCAUCUUCUUCACGAACGCGGUCAAUCAGAUCAUGGCAUACGACAACUUGGCGGGUGUGGUCAUCCAGGCGUUGAACUACGAUCGGGUAAAAGACGACGGUGUCAAUACUUCGGAUUGGCUGCAGAGUGAGUAUCGCUCUUUCACUGGAAUGUUGUUCCGUCGGUACAGUGCAGAUCUGACGCCACUUCUCAAGUACAUUGUGCACCAGUUGCAUAAUGGACAGACCACCGAGAUCAUCGUCCUCCGCGAGCUGAUCUGGAAGAUGGCCGGUAUCGAGCCCUUGCCUAGCUUGUCAGACGCCCAAGUGGUGGCUAUGGCAGGCGUCGCUUCGGCCACUCGAGGUGCACGGUUGGAUCCAGGUGAUGCGGUGCUGAAGGGGCCGCAGCGGUUGGGCAAGGCUUUGUUGGAAUCUAACCUCGCUCUGCCUCUGCUCAUCCAAGUGCGCAGCAACGGCAGUCCUACGCAUGGCGUGUUGCUUCAAUACUUGGAUUUGCUCACGACACCAACCAUCAUACGACCGAUGCUCAAUGUUUCCAUCGGUCGCGUCCAGUCUUCUGCAUUGGCAAUGCAAGAGAAGGAGCGUUUGGCCAGUGAGGAGGCAGAGAGGCGACUCAAGGCAGCUCUGACUGCAAAGCGAGAGCCGAUCGCUGCAUCCAGGGUCGCUUCACCGAGCAUCGGUGAAAACCCUGUAGCGGGCGAUGCCACACAGGAUGCGAAGGCGCAUGUGACUGAGCCGUCUGCAGGCGACAUGAAUGUGGAGACGUCUGAGAACGGCGGUGCGAUGAUCGUGCGGACAGAGAGCCCAUGGUUGCCAGAGUUGCACGCUCUUUUCGAUGACGUCAAGAAGAUUGCGCCUCCGAUUGCAGCACAAUACAUCGGGCCUGGAUUCUAUCUCACGUUCUGGCAGCUGUCUACGUAUGAGUUGGUCCCUCCCGCCGCACGGUACGACGAGGAGUGUGCCACUUUGCGGUCUCUCAGCCGUGAAGAGGACUCGUUGUACAAUGCGGCUGAUCGUUCAUCCGAUCGAACGAAACGGCAGACGGCCCCUGUGCAUCGAGAGAAGCGGAAUCGCUAUAAUCUUUACGUCAAUAUACUCGGACAAGAACUGAAAGAGCAGACAGCUGUGCGCGGCUUCACAAUCAAACGCCUUGCGCGGGAAAAGCAGCACUGGUUCGCACAUUGUACUGGCAUCAAUGCCACGGCUUUGGGACAAGCAUUGGUAGACUACUGUUUCCUGCCGCGAUGUCUUCUGUCGCCAAUGGAUGCCGACUUCUGUGCGCAAUUCAUCAAGGCGAUUCAUAGCCUGUGCACGCCUGGCUUUCCCACUGUUACAUGCUGGGACCGAAUCAUCGGUGACUCGAUGCAAAGUAUGGUCUUUUCGUGCAGUGAGUAUGAAAGCCGAAAUUAUGCUCGGUUCUUGCACGCUAUCUUGAGUGACGCCUGGAAGUGGUGGCAAGAUGAGGCACUGUACCAUCAAGAGAACCGCACCAAAAGCGGUGGGAAGACCGUCUUGCUCCCCGGCAUGACCAGACGUCAAUUUACCAAGGCCGUCCUAGCUGAAGAAGAUUUCCUUCGGUGGCCAGAUUGGCGAAAGCUCUUGAGGAAGUGGCAUCACAAAUUGACGACGUGUCUCUGUCACUGCAUCGAGACGGGAGAGUUCAUGAAUGUAUACAAUGCGAUUAUCGUCCUCAAGGAGAUUCUUCCUGUUUACCCUAUCGGCGUCGUCCACAAGGAGGCAGGGGCGAACAUUCGCACGCAGAUGGAGAAAUUCCUAGAAAAGGAGACGCGUGGCGACCUCAAGAUAUUGGGCAGAGCGUCCCGUAUCAGCACGCCUCCGGGCGCCGCGCCUCCUGAGACCAGCACGAAGUCAACCGUUGUCGUUGCAGGCGCACCAUCUGCUCCUCGGGCACAGCUCGCAGCCGCGCAUGGCGCUUCGAACGCACAACCAGACAGAUCACUUUCCUCCACGAAAGCGGCCAUGAGCAGUGUGCCACGUCCAGAGGUCGUCAAGAGAGUGCGUCAGGAUCGAAGACAACUGAGGACGGGGCUAUUGCAACAACCAAGACACCCGAGCGAUCUGAGGCCAUGGAGUCACAUCCCCAAUGGUCGUCCGGUUCCAAUGUCGCAGCCACCUCGUACUCCCAUGCCUGUGGAGCAGAGACGUGGUGGUGAUUCCGGACAUGCUAUGCCUCCGCCGGCUAUCCCAAGUCAGACGGUUUCUGCUCAAGAACUCAGGGAGACUGCAAGGGGCGGCCGUGGACCGACUGAACGCUUGGACGAACGGCCACUCUCGUCUCUCGAGCCGCGCGCUCCAGCGAACUUGCCCGUCCCUUCAUCUCCCGCCCCUCGUACCAGGAACCCAAGUGUGGAGAGCAGGAAUAGCGGCGGGCGGCGAUCCGAUCGCGCUGAAGACAGACGGCCCGACAGAGAGAGUCGGACGGAUGGCCGUGACCGUCAGCCACACGCGAGGGAGAGAAGCUCUCGAAGUGCGCGGGAGCCAGAGCGCGAGAAAGACGGUGAAAGGGACCGGGAGAGAGGUCGGGACAGGCACGGAGAGAGGGAACGAGUGCGCGAACGCGACAGGGAGAGGGACCGCGAUAGGGAACGGGAGAAAGACUCUCAUCGCGACCGAGAACGCGAACAUCGCGAUCGGGAGCGAGACCGUGAUCGGGACAGUAACAGACACAGAGACAGGCACCAUGAGCGUGGCCUGCCUGCGCGACCCGAUGUACCACGACACCGUGACGGUGAUGAGGCUCCUGGGAAGAGGAGGCGGCCUACUGACGACGAGGUAUGUCAUGCGCCUGAUCGUUCCUCAAAGCGGGCUUCACGGAAAGAAAGAGACCACGAAGAACGGGGCCGUCGCUCAUCCGAGAAGGAAGGCCGUGAAAGGGCUCGCGAGUCGGAGCGUCGCCGGAAAGAACGCGACCAAGGCGAGAGCGACAGCAAAAAUCUCUCGAUUGACACCAAACUCGGUGACAAGCGCGCCCCUGAAGGUCCUGCAUCGGCUGCUAGAUCACUACCACCGACGACACCGUCUGCUCCCCGGGCGAUGGCUUCUGCGGAUGCCUCUAGACUCGGCAGGGCAGAUUCCGGAUCCGGGCGGGAGAGAGAAUGGAAGAGAGACCAGGCAGUACACCCAUCCUCGAGUGGUACCUCGCUUGGAGGCAGCGGACCCCCAGACGUCCCACCAGGUCCUGGUGGUACUCUGCGCUCACGCAUCAGCGACAAGGAAGCGCCUCGACCUCCUCCACAGGCCCCGUCGAGCUACCGGCGAGACGAUGACCGCGAUGGCAGCCGCAAACGGACGCUUUCAGAACGGGAGAAAGAGACCGGUGACACCGCGGGCGCAGGUGCUGAGCAAACGCAGCCUCUGAAACGCCCUCGCAUCCGUCGUGACCGUUACUCCAAUGCCCCGUCGCACGGUCUGGCGAAGAAGCUCCUUCCUAUUGACCCCCACGCAGACAAAACUCGCAUGACACGCAACAGUUGA